AACAAGAUCUCUUCACUGUUAUAUACGGAAACGGCAUGUUGUACAUGGAGAUAUAUAGUUAUACUAAGAAGACUAUAUUGCAAAUAGCGCAUUUUUCAUAAUAUUCAUAACAAACUUAAUUGUUUUCCAGUUAUUACGGUGUUAUUUUCAUGUACUACAUUAUUUCAUCAGCAUACAUAAACAUACACUAGUCUAUCAUUUGUUUCUAUAGGUGGGUAUUAUACAUAAAUUUAGUAUUAAAUGGUUACUUUAAGCACAAGAGGCUUAGCUGAUGUAAGUAUGAUAGCAGCAGAUAACAGGUGGACUAUUUUGUAAUAUAUUAUAACUUGGGUAAUAAAAUACAUACGUCUGUGGUUAGGUUAAACCAAAUCUCUUUCCCAGUUGUCUAAAAAAAAGUACCUGUCUGUAAUCACCGGCUAGAUUAUCAAGUGUUCACAUGAUAUUCUAUUUACACUAUCUGUUCUGUUGACUGACAUAUUACAGGUCACGAUUGAUCGCUUACAGGGAGGUCAUUGAAAGACAUUCAGAACAGUUUGUCGUACUGCCCUUGACGACUGUCUCAAAGUUUGGUCUAUUAGCAGACGUAAGUAGCUGUAGGGAUAAACUGAGUCGUUUACCGAGUCUUACGCAGCCAUUUGUAGCUCCAUAGGAUGAAACAGAAGCCUUGAUGGUGUAUGAAAACAAAAGUAACAUAUAGAUAAGCAUGCUCCUACGUAGGCAUAACACCUUACUAGUAUACAACGCAAACGAUAACUCACGUCACACCUGAGUGGUUCUUUUGAUUACGGAAGUUGUAAUCUGUAAACACGUUGUAGUCUAAGUUCUCUUAGCAAACAACCUUGGACUCCCAAGACCCUCCCAACACUAUGGGGCAGUGUCCUGGCGUUACCGUGUUUAUGGUUAACCCUCACGGCUAUAUCCGUCAGAGAAGGUACAGAACUCCAGUCGUGUGGAACCGUCAGUUGCGGCUUUGGAGCUGAGUGUUUCCAAAACACGGAUUGUGUGUGCCUACCCGAUAAUGGCAAAAGAAUGCAGCAGUCAUCCACGUUUUACUGCUUGGGUAAGGGGGUUACACAAUGUGGAGCUCGGCUGUGUGGUUACGGAGCAGAAUGUAACACGGAUAAGAGUGUGUGUAGAUGUUCGUCUAGCAAUGGUGCGCUGACAAAGCUCAAUGACACAUAUCCAUCCCUGUGGUACUGUUUGGGUGAGGGAGUUACACAAUGCGGAAGUCAGCUGUGUGGUAUUGGGACAGAAUGUAACACGACCAGCGGUUUGUGUGAAUGCUCACCUAGGAAUCGUGUACUAACGCAGCUGACGGACACAUCUCCAGCCCUGUCGUAUUGUGAGGUUUUAAUGAUUCUGGACGAACUUGCAGGAGACUUGUCUGGCUUUCGACCGCCUAGUUUGUUGUGGGUUUGUGGGGGUAUACCAGCAACAUGACAAAUGGUCCGGUGUUUACCAUUAAACAUCCAACGCAGUAAUCGUUUUUCUUCAGAAGAUCUUUUGUCCGGUAAGGUAGCUUCUUUAUCUUUUCACACUGUUCAA